AUGAACUAUGACGUCAUUACAUGUAGAUCACUGAUCUACUGGCGGUAGGCAAGCGAAAUAAGAGCGCUGAUACUUGUUAUUACAUCUGAUACGGUAACCAUCGAAAUUUGUAUUACGAAUUCUAUUUUCACGGUCUAUUAUUUCAAUAAAUAUAGUUUGUUUAUCAUAAAUCUAAUAUUUGUCUGUGGAAAGUAAUGGUGAAUGGAGUUUUAAAUCAUGGGAUUCUGUUGUUGUGUACCCAACUGUCGCGGGAAUUAUCAGAAGACUUCAAAAGUUUCUGUAUUUUCUUUUCCGAAAGAUGAAACUUUGAAAAGAAAAUGGAUACAAGCGAUAAGAAGGAAGAACUUUAAUCCUACAAAAUCUUCAAAGGUAUGUGAAAAGCACUUUGAUGAUAGGGAUAUCAUCAAAGUAGUAAGAGCAUACAACGAGCAUGGAGAAAAUCUGGAAGCCAAACUCAAUAGAGUCAAGUUGAAAGAAGGUGCAAUUCCCAGAUUCUUUCCCAAUUGCCCAAAACAUUGGUCAACUAAAUAUUCUUCAAGAGAAAGUGCUGAAGAGAGAAGAGAGCGUCAAGAAAACUAUCAGUUGAAUCAAGCAAUUCAGAAAAGUUUGCAAUCAAAGAAGAAAUACGAUGAUGAAUUCAAAUUUAAAAGUUUUAUUGAAUUAUCAAAUUUAGUGGAUUCAGUGAGAGUUGAAGUACCAAGUGAAUGGAGUGUCGUAAAAAAACCAGACAGUGUUCUCUUCUUGAUUGUUGAAGCUGUGCCUGUGCCUAACAUUGUACUUUCAGCCAUGGGUUGUUGGCCAUUGGAAGAUUACAUUCAAUUGAGCACUGUGAUUCAACAGCAGACUUCAUCAAGUUCAUUUCGAAGUGGUGGAGAAUUGUGA